UUUUUCAUGAUAAUGUGACAAGUCAAAAGAUAAUUAUUUAUUAAUUGUUAUUAAUUAAUUCACCUCCAUGUUAUAAACUAAUAAAUAGAUAAAUGUGCUUGGGCCUUGGAGCAUUUGGUCGUAAAGGAUCAAAUACUUUUUAUUUCUUUCUAUCAGCAAUCAUUAAUAACUUUUGAAGGUGAUUAUCUUAUAUUAUAAUAUAAGAAACUUAUCAUCAUGGCUUCUUCAACAACUCAGAUUCGUACUAGAGUUGAUCUACUCAGUCAUAUUAAACAGCGUUUAAGUGACGAGGGGGAACUAUCGGAAGGUGCAAAAACAAUUCUUGAUGAAUAUAUAGCUAAAGAGGAAAAAUAUGCUGAUGCAAAAUUAAGAACCAUACAAAACUGGAAGCCACUACCAGCACGUUCGCCACAACAAUUGCAAACUUUAGAAUUAACAACUAAAAAGCAGGCUGAAUAUAAGAAGUAUUGUGAAGAGUUGGGACCACAUCCAACACUCGAUCAAAUGAAUAAAAAAAAAGAGCUCCAUGAUGAAAUCAGAAAACUUAUGCAUCAAAUUUUUAUUGGAGAAUCUUAGAAGCCAUAUACAUACAUUAUUUUACAUUAUUUUCAAUUUCAAAUAUCUAAAGAAUUGUAAACGAUGUUAAUAAUAAUAAUUUUUUUUUUUUUCUCGUACAUGGAUUAUUAAUUCUCUAUAUUAAUUCAGUCAAAUUUAUGUAUUCUGGAUAAAAAAAAAAAAAAAAAUUAAAAAAAAAACACUAAAUAAUCAUAUGCUUUUAUGUAUGUUUAAAUAUCGAAUAAAAAUUUUCUAGAAAACUCGUUUA